GAGCGAAGAGAGAUACUGUUGUUAUACAUAACAGAAAUGUAAUCGUUCACGAUGCCAAAAAAAACUCGAGCUAAGCGUACUGAAAUCGACUGGAACUUAUUCGUUCACCAACCAGAUACGCAAGUCAACAGUGACCAUGCCGAAGCUACAAAACAAAAUCUGAAGCACAUAGAACGCAAUUUUCGCAAGUCACUUACAAAUAAUGCCAGGUUUACCCAAAGACUGGACCCACCCGAUGCUCAAACAUGGCUCAAGAAUAUCACAUUACGGGUAGUUGAAGGAUUUCUUCGAUGGUAUCUCGACAACCACAAUGUUGAAUAUCAGUCCACAUUCCUUGUUUUCGCAAGAUAUUUCAGAAUGUAUUGGUGUGAAGAAAUGCGCCGCGAAUUUUCUUACGAUCUUCGUCGAAAGAUGACUAUGCUCGUAUGCACCACACUUACCGACGAGUACGAGCUUGAUCUGGGUGGUAAAACGCAGCCAUCAGUCAACAUCGACGAUCUCUUGUACUCAACCUAUCACCUCCUUGCCGUGUGUGAUAUUGCAUUCCCUACGUUUCGCUGCCAAGGCCAAUUAAGCACGUUGCGGAAAAUGAUGACUUCUACAUCAGCUCGACCUGGAACACUGGUUGAGUCUUCCGGCUAUAUGAGGAGUAACGAUGCCUUGAAAUGGAAGGAUAUUGAAUUGUAUAUGGUGAAAAAUCCCGACAAUCCGACAUGCCAGGUGCUCCUCAUGAGAGUCACACAUAGGCUUAACAAAGGCAAGAGGAACAAAGGCGUACCACCUGUUUUCAUCUACACAGAACGGAACGAUAACCUGGGCCUUUGUGUUAUUCAGGAUAUUCUUGAAUAUGCCUUUCUCGAUAAUGCUUUUGCUAGCGAGCGCAUUAAAUGUCCGCGAGAUAUUUGGAACCUCACAGAGGUCCCGGAACACCGGCUUAGUACCACUAUUCACUUCAAAGAGGCUGUCAAAGAAAUUCCAAUCUUUAGAAGAGCUGUGAAGAAUGGAGGGGGUCUUUGGAUCACCGAUCCACGACGCGCACUCAAUUUUGGCACGGCGCUAGAAUAUGAAAAGUCUACAAGCAUUUCAGCUGGGUCCAAACAAAAAGGAACUUUUUACAAAUAUCGGAAAGGGGCUGCUGCCAAUUUAAGGCAUCUGGAUGAACAUUCACGGAACGUCAUAAUGGGACAUCAGCGGAGCGGUACAUUUGCCUACUAUGUCUCUGUCAGAGAUGAUACUCAAUCUGCCUUUAUGGAGACCCCUGCUAGAGAUGCCCUACUCAAGCUUGCCUGCAACUCAAGCCUAACACGGGAUGCAUCCGCACCUCAGCAUCUCACAGAGCCACAGAGGAGGUCCCUUGAAAAAGACAAGGAGCUCGAUCAAUUGAAACGAGAGUGUCAAGCACUUCGGAAUGACCUAAUUGCUGAAUUCCAUCAACUAAAUAAAGCAAAAUGUGCUGAUGCUGGACGAUAUAACGCAUUUCUCAUCCUUCAAAGGAGAGUCAAGGCUCGAAGGAAGAAAAUUCAUGACGAGGCGAAGGAAAGAGUCCGCAACGAGUUUUUUGAGAACAUUGGGAACCACAUUAUCGACCAAAACUACCAGGGAACAUCUGUGAAAUUCCAACCGGACACGUCACAUAUACAGCCGGAAAGGAAACAGCUCGCAGAACUUGAAUUCAAGAACAGAGAUGUUGACAACAUUGAUGAUGCAGAGUUGAUUGAAGACCGGAUCCGGUCACUAGAGCUACGACUACGACUUCACGGACUCCAUGUACCGAAGUCCUUGCGAAAGCGAGUAAAAUUUGAGUCCAUGCCGGCUAUCAAGACUGAACCGCAACCAUUCCCAAUGAAGAGCGUCACCGGCCUUGAAUGUCCAGUAUGCUUAGGGGUAACCGAUAUACAUCCCACGGCAAAGCAAUUUCGAUAUUCCCGGAAGAACGGACUGCAAAAGCAUUUUAGGACCCAUAAGCUUCCACAAAUGUUUCCGAAUGGUCGUCAGUGCGAUAUUCCUGGCUGUUCUGAAGUGCUGUUUAGACUUCCAGAGUACAUGCUGCACCAAGCGGAGUGCCACAAAAUCAUCCUUUAGCAGAUCGGCGCAGCUCUCGUUGUGUUCUAUCGUCAUUUAAAUGAGGCCGGGUUUAAAUACAGCCAGAGCAUAAUAAUGACUUG